AUGACUCAGAAGGUUGAAGAUAAUGUACCAAAAUCGACACCUACGAGCUCACUUCGAGAGGUCAAAUUGGGCGUGUGGCGCAUCCUUACGGAGAACCAGAAGACGCCCAGUUUCGCUACCCGUUGGGAGAAAAUGAUAGGAUUUAUGCCCACACUGCGAAUAUUUUUUGAAGAGGUGUAUUCCAUCGAGCCGCGUCAAAUGACGUUGAUACUUGUGGUCAAAAUCUGGUCAAGCCUCGAGGACCUCUUUCUUUUGCAUCUCUCAACUCGAAUUCUUGCAAUCAUUGAAAUCGGCUUGAAGGAGGGGGGAAAACCGAAUUCUGGGGCCAUCAUGAGGGCGGUUGCUGCCCGGAUGCUACUCGUUGCAUUCACCUCAUAUCUCAACAGCUGGAGCCAACGGACUAAUUCAGCAGUGGAAAGUCGUGUUCAGCAACAUUUUGAGGACAAGAUAUUCACUGCGAAACUCGAGGCUGACAUGCCUGCUACACAUGACACCACGGACGAUGAUGCCAUCUCCCCGCACGGCGUUUGGAAUACUUUCAUGACUGUUGUCAGCGUCGGGACGCUGGUGCUACAAGUUGUCGCCAUCUUGGGGUACAUCCUCAACCUUUCAACUUCAACGCGGCAUGGCCCUAUUUUCGUCUUCCUCUGUAUUUGCCGACCACUGUUCAAGUCCCUAUAUCGACAGGAUCUAUGGAACAUGCCCUUCGUGGUGGAGGCGGAUAAUGAUGAUUACGUCCGCCUCCAGGCGUUAAAGAGAAUGGGAGAAGACAAAUAUCGUCAAGAUAUCAUCAGCGGGGAUAUCGGCGAGUACAUUGUCGAUGAAUAUGAACAGGUUCAGAAUGGACUUGCCGAUACUUCCCUUGAACAUCCAUUAACUCUAUGGGAUGAACAAUACUCCUGGCUGUCUACCGCGGCACUUGACAUGCUUGACAAUCUCCCAAUGGUUUAUUACGCCGCUAGCGCAUUCCUAGAUCCCGCCAAAUUCACAUUGUCCAAAAUCGCCACGCUCCAGCGGUCAGAAUGGACUUUGCGGAAUACAUUCUCCCAGAGUAUCCAAGAGGUUGAUUCAUUUGCACGGGCCAUGACCUUCAUAGAACGGCUGUACAAAUUUUGUAGUCCACUACCCACGAUCAAGGACGGCGUCUUGAAGUAUCCUUCCUCCGGGGAGGCGGAUCGCGCGGGAAUGUCUAUCGAGCUAAGGAAUGUUACAUUUUCCUACCCUGGCGGAGAAAAAAAUGCCAAAGCUCUUGACGACGUGUCGUUUACAAUCAAGUCUGGCCAGCUCGUAGUCCUCGUGGGCUCGAACGGAAGCGGGAAGUCCACCAUCGUCAAGCUACUCUCACGCUUGUACGAUGUUUCAUCUGGCAACAUCGUCGUCGACGACAAAAACAUCCACGAUUAUCUUAUCGCGGACUUGCGUGCUGCAACGGCUUCAUUGACCCAAGACCAUCACCUCUAUCCCCUCUCCUUAGGCGAAAACAUCGGAUUAGGGAACCCAGAACUCAUGGGAGAUGUUGAGGUCAUCACUGGAGCCGCUAAGAAAGGUGGGGCCGCCGAUGCGUAUACCAUGCACGUUCAAGCAUCGGAUGGAACCCCCCUUGCAAAAGAAGUCGAAAAAAUGCAAAAAAGAGCUGACAUCUCAGGUGGAGAGCGGCAGAGAGUUGUCGCGUCCCGUACAUUCAUGCGAUUCACUACUGGUCGAGUCAAGCUCGUUAUUGCAGACGAGGGCUCGUCGGCGCUUGACCCAGAAGCUGAAUGGGAACUAUUCAACAAUUUGAGGGUAGAAAGAGAGGGCAAAACGAUGAUAUUUGUGACUCAUCGUUUCGGGCACCUCACAAAAUAUGCGGACAAUAUUCUGUGCAUGAAAGAGGGCAAACUAGUGGAGUCUGGAACCCACGAAGAGUUGAUGAAACUGAACGGAGAAUACACUAAACUCUACGAAAUCCAGGCCAAAGCCUUCGAGGACAAUAAAUUGUAG